GUUGUAGCAACAGCAUAACGCACCUGCCCUUCCACGCCACAAGUCCUAACUUGCCUCCAGCAAUCAACCAUGUGUGACGACGAGGAAACUACCGCUUUGGUCUGUGACAACGGUUCUGGCCUGGUGAAGGCUGGGUUUGCAGGUGAUGAUGCUCCCAGAGCUGUGUUCCCCUCCAUCGUGGGCCGUCCACGCCAUCAGGGUGUCAUGGUUGGUAUGGGACAGAAGGAUUCAUACGUAGGAGAUGAAGCCCAGAGCAAGAGAGGUAUCCUUACCCUCAAGUAUCCAAUUGAGCAUGGCAUCAUCACCAACUGGGACGACAUGGAGAAGAUUUGGCACCACACCUUCUACAAUGAGCUGCGUGUUGCCCCUGAAGAGCACCCCACCCUGCUCACAGAAGCUCCACUAAACCCAAAAGCCAACAGGGAGAAGAUGACACAGAUCAUGUUUGAAACCUUUAAUGUCCCUGCAAUGUACGUUGCCAUCCAGGCUGUGCUCUCUCUCUAUGCCUCAGGCCGUACAACUGGUAUCGUACUUGAUUCAGGAGAUGGUGUCACUCACAAUGUCCCAAUUUAUGAAGGUUAUGCUUUGCCCCAUGCCAUCAUGCGUCUCGACCUGGCAGGCAGAGACCUGACUGACUACCUCAUGAAGAUCCUGACAGAGCGUGGCUACUCCUUUGUCACAACAGCUGAGAGAGAAAUUGUGCGUGAUAUUAAGGAAAAGUUGUGCUACGUUGCCCUGGACUUUGAGAAUGAAAUGGCCACAGCUGCUUCUUCCUCCUCCCUGGAAAAGAGCUACGAGCUGCCCGACGGCCAAGUCAUCACCAUCGGUAACGAACGUUUCCGCUGCCCUGAGACCCUGUUCCAACCAUCCUUCAUUGGCAUGGAGUCUGCUGGCAUUCAUGAGACCACCUAUAACAGCAUCAUGAAGUGCGACAUUGACAUCCGCAAAGACCUCUACGCCAACAACGUUCUCUCUGGCGGUACCACCAUGUACCCAGGUAUUGCUGACCGUAUGCAGAAGGAAAUCACAGCCCUGGCACCUAGCACCAUGAAAAUCAAGAUCAUCGCCCCACCUGAGCGCAAGUACUCAGUCUGGAUCGGCGGCUCCAUCCUGGCUUCUCUCUCUACCUUCCAGCAGAUGUGGAUCAGCAAGCAAGAAUACGACGAGGCUGGACCUUCAAUUGUCCACCGCAAAUGCUUCUAAACAUCAGAUUACCUUUUGCAGGUUCCUGUGUGUGUCUUUACGCACAGAGAAAUUAUGCAUAAAAAGAACUGGCUUAUAACAUCAUGGUAUAAACAACAGACCUCUUUAAAAUCACGAUGACAAGAUCACUGGUGAGGACUUUUUUUUUUCUUUUUUCUCACUCCUCCGUUUUCAGUCUCUCACUCAGGAGGGGUACAGACGGAAAGGGAUCACAACAAAUGUAAAAGGUUUGAAAUAUCUUUAUAUGCUAAAUAUAUUUGAAGCAUCUGCUAUGUUCAGACAGGGCUAUAAGGACACUAAAUUAUCCUUGGGGCUAGAGGGGCGUGCAACUUGCAACAGUCCCCUUAUGUACUAAAUGGGGUUAAGCUGUUACACUGAACAUGUAAAACCGGGGCGUAAAACUAAAAAUACAGGGGCUGGAUGGGAAUUGUAGUUUUGGCAAUGGCUGGAAAACCAGUUUGCCAAGCCCACAUUUUAUUGUAUACAUUAAGAGUAAAUUAAGGGAAACAAAAUAUGGUUGGCAUCAACAACAUCUCAAACAAACACCAGACCGUAUUGUAAUGGUUAUUCACUAACAUUUAGACACACUAACAUAUUAUGCAGUGUCUGUGUAUAUUGUAAUCCUCUUCAUGUGUAGUAAUAACGUAGUAUAUAAUAAUGUAGUAAUGGUUUACCCUAAAACAUGCUCAAAUAUAUGAUGCCAACCACAAAAAACUUGCUGCUAUGUUAAACCUUAUAAAGAACUCUAUUGUAAAGUGCUAAUGAGUAAGAUCACAUAAUGUGAAAUGUACAUUUAAGAUAUUGUGCUGUGGGUAUUGAUGCAUUUCUGCUCAAUUAAAAAAAAAAAAAAAAAAGAUUAAUCACAAUAAAAUAUUUUGCAAUCAUC